CAUCAUGGAACGGUGGCGCAACAAAGUAGCGGUAGUUAGUGGCGCCAGCUCUGGGAUUGGAGCGGCCUGUGCUAGGGCAUUGGUCGGUGCCGGUCUGGUUGUUGUUGGGCUGGCCCGACGCCAGGAGCUGGUUGAACAACUGCGAUCUGAAUUGCCCAAGGACGAGCAAAGGCAACGCAUGCAUGCGGUCAGGUGCGACAUAACGCAAGAGUCGCAGGUGCUCGAGGCAUUCGAUUGGGCUAAACGCCAAUUGGGCGGCUGCGAUAUACUUGUAAGCAAUGCGGGCAUUAUUGCCACCGCCGAAUUGAGUGGCCAGAAUAACACAGAGCCUAUGCAAAGGACAUUGCAAACGAAUAUCAUGGGCAGCAUGUAUUGCAUACGUGAGGCAUUCCAAUCGAUGAGGCAACGCUCGGCCGAGGGACAUGUGGUAAUUGUGAAUAGUGUGGCCGGACACCAGGUACCCAAUUUGGGACCCCAAUUGCCAUCGUUGAAUAUUUAUCCAGCCAGUAAGUUCGCAUUGCGUGCCAUGAAUGAAAUUUAUCGUCAGGAAUUUCAACGUCAUAAAACCCGCGUUCGAGUAUCGACCAUCAGCCCGGGCAUUGUUGAUACGGAUAUUUUGCCCGAACAAAUACAGGGUGUCAUCAAACAGCAUAUGCCCAUGCUCAGAUCGGAGGAUAUAGCCGAUGCGGUGCUCUGGACCAUUGGAACACCUUCAAAUGUACAAGUUCACAAUAUAACGAUCAAGCCGCAGGGUGAAAAAUUUUAAAUCACUUGGAUUAAAUUAAAAUUAAACAAUAAUUGAGAAUCAUUUCAAUGUCUUAGUUAACUUUUUGCCAAUUAUCAGAUUAACUGGAAUUGCGUAACAAAUUUACACAGAAGUUGUAUUAAAGACCCAUUUUUUUGGGAUAAAAGAAA